UGUCUUGCAUCCUCACCCUAGUACUUGCGACUCCACCUUGAUAGGUGAAACGGCGUUUUCUGUGACUUCGUUCGGUGCAUUGGGAUAUUCGUUAAGAGAUACCCUUGCUUUGUUGGAGUUCUUCUUGGUCUCGGUCGGUCCGAUCAUCUUGACGGACCGCACACUCUACCUCGAAUCCUCGCGUUGACGGCACUUUCGAUUCCCCCCGACAGGUCUUCCUGUUCGGUUAUUGAAUAUUUUUGAAAACAAAAAGAAAAAACGAUUAGGAUAGCCAGAGAGCCCUGUGCUGUCUACCCUUCGGUUUCCAAUUUUAAAUUUACUUCCUAUAUACUCGUCGCGAGUCAUCGCAUGACUACUACCCAGUAACCGCGAUAAUGCUCAUUGAUGGCGAGAAGUGGGCUUGUGAAGCUUGCGUCCGGGGUCACCGUGUCAGCAGCUGUCACCACAGUGACCGCCCCUUGACCCACAUCAACAAAAAAGGCCGUCCAGUCUCUCAAUGCGCUCACUGUCGCGGCCUACGCAAGUCACGGACAACCCACACAAAGUGCGAGUGUGGUGACAAGAAAAAGAACAGCCACAAGCAUGAUUUAGAUCCCCACCACGCCAAUGACAAGCGGGAUCACAAGCAGGACUCCCGUCCAAGAUGUGGCUGCACUCAUGGACAGCGCUGUACCUGUGCGCUGAAGAAGGAACCCCACCUAAAUACUGUGCCGGAAACUGGUCUUCCUCCGCCCCAGCAUACUAUUCUGUCGGAACCACCCAAGAAACCCCAGUUGACCUCAACGAAGUCAGAAAGCACGCUUACGAUAUUCCGAGAUGGUCACCACAAACCGGCUCAUAAACACAAUGACAUGGCUCACAAGUGUGGUCUGCCUUACACGAUACCCCGGUCUCAUACGAUCCACUCGACCUCCGAUGUGUCUCGUCGGUCCGUCGAUCAGAUGCCCUUGACUCAAGCGGCCUUGAUGAACGAGCCAUUUGCGACUCAACCAUUUCCGGAACAGCAGCCCACCCACGGUCCUCAGCGUCGUGUCAAGUCCGAGCAUGGGUCUCCCGAGAGUGCCCCCGUCGUGUCAACGGAAGAUGUACCGACGACAGUCCCCCCACUCGACCUCUCGUCUUUCUUCCCUCAGCCUCAGCCUAUGAAUAAACCCACUGAGGCCGAGCCGGUGUCCAUUUCCAUGGGAAAGACGCCCCUAAACCCACUCAUGACCAGUGUACCGCCUCUUGAUGUCUCGUCCUUCUCUACUUUCCCAACCACGACCACAUCGCCUGUGAACACUAUGGCGUUCCAAGAUCCUUACAAGGAGCAGUUUUUCACGUCGCCGGACAACGAUAUGCCUUUGGGUCCUACUGGAUUCAAUGCACCCCCUGUCGAUUGGUCAAGCUUCCCUCUGUACUCCUCGGAUGUUCCUGCCGCGACCAGCACACAAGCUCCCUCUUACGCUAGCUUCGACUACAACUCCAUGAGUCACGGUCUACCAGCUCCAUCGUCGUCUGGUGAUAUUUCUGAAGUGGAGGAUUUCGCACCAUUUUCCGGCUUUGGGAAUGCAGGAAAUGACCUUCAGGAUCUCGCCAGUGGGAGCGAAGGCUCAGAUCUCGAUCAUUUCCGCAUAAGCUCUGCGUCAUCGUUUAUUGGCCUUCCUCAGGCGCAACUCUUAUCGUCAAAUCAGCUGGACUCAAUCAACAUUGACGACUUCCUCAAGUCCGCCAAUGAGUCGACAGCAGCACUAGAGCAUCAACUUCAAGCCAAUAUGGGGAUGGAACCCAAGCCACUCCCGUCGCAGGACGCCUACGCCAUGUCGGACGCCCAGACCUUCAAACCGAUAAGCACCCCUACGACGAGCCUGCCGAUCACGACGUCUGCUGCGGAUCCCAUGUGGCCCGCGGCACUCUUUGACCCCGCCGCCGCGUCGGUCGAUGACAACAAUUUCUACCCGCCAUCAUGGGCGCAGUAGUACACUCGCGGGCAAGCGCAGGUUUUCUGGCUUUGUGGUCUGUUCGCGGCACGUUACCACCACCUCCACACCGUCUGAGUGACGACACCCACGUCUUCACGACCAUGAUGAGAGAUGAUGAUAAAUGCCUGAUAUUAUUGUUCAAUUAGCCAGUCCCAGUGAAACUAUACUAUAGCAUUCAAUCGAUAAAGACUAGUGUUCAUUCACGUUGAUCUGUUUAUGGCUCAACCCGUGCCUUGUAUGUUUCCUUGGCUCUGUUUGGUGGUUUUUUUUUUGAGUCCAACAGUUCCCAGCCUACUAUUGCCUAAUACUUUCGCGAUGCCCGGUACAUAUAUACACACUCUUGGCUUGCAUCUAUAGACUUCCUGAUUACUAGCUGCUCAUAGACACAUUGGCCCAGAUCAUUAACCAGACGUCUCAACGAAACAGUAGCUGGUCAAAUGUAGCGACUUCGUAGCCCCGUAUAGCCCCCUUGGUGAAUUGAAUCCAACGUGAGAGGAGGGCGUCCCUCGUCAACCGCCGGGACCGCAGGGCUCAGCUUUGUGUUACCUUUUUAGACUUCCGAACCGGGCUAGACUUGAUAGAUCAUGUGCAUGACCCCAAUCGAGCACCCCUGCAGUGUAGCGGUGUACAUACGUGCCCUAUUUGAGU